CUUACAGUGAAUUUGAGCGAUAACACAGUGUAGAGAUGUUGCUUCUACUGUGAUGCAGCGAGGACCCGCACACGUAUCAAACUCAUCAGAUUUCCGUGCAUGUCGUCGUCGGCAAGCGCGGGUUCGUGCGCUGUGUGAGGUAACUGCACUGUUCCUAUAUUUAGAAGCAACGUUGCGGUAGUGGAAUCAAUCAAAGUGGGUUGGUAUUCACUAUUAUGUGCUGCUGCUGCUCUUAGUGCCUCCCGCAUGCCUUCCGUGCACUUCAAUCAUCACUCGACGUAUUUUCAUCUCAUCUCAUGUUUCCUCUCGUUUUGCCUUUACAGAGAAGAGAGCCGGAUGGCAAAGUUUUGCGCCAUGGGAUCUGGACAACUUUGCGGCACCAACACAUUGCUCGCCUUUGGUAGCUCGUGUAGUUUUUUGCAAUUCCUCCACAUGUCAAGAGAACGUUGCAUUGGGGAAUGAAAAUGACGACUAUUCAAUGACAAAUCACGGAGGCGUCCGGAACGCGGGAGGUGCAGGGCACGCCGUUUUCUCACCUGCCAAACGUCAAAACACCUUUUUCUUAUGGGAAUUAAGCAUUCAACCCGUUGCAUGCUCCUAAGGAGAAAAAUGGCGGAUUCCGAGAGCGUUGAGCCACAGCAACAGCCAGUUCGCAUCAUCGGCUCACAGCUGGCUCAGCCAACCUCUUUGCCAAAGCCUGUGCCUUCCAUACAGUCCACCCCAAGACCCCUCCUCCCACCACAUGCUGCCACCCUUGCCAGCUGCCCUGGACGAGGCAAGAUGGGAAAGCUGUGUAAUCCUGACGAGAUGACCUCAAAAGACUAUUACUUUGACUCUUACGCCCACUUUGGUAUACAUGAGGAGAUGCUGAAAGAUGAAGUGAGGACACUCACCUACCGGAAUUCCAUGUACCACAACAAGCAUGUGUUCAAGGACAAAAUAGUUCUAGAUGUUGGAAGUGGCACGGGGAUCUUAUCCAUGUUUGCAGCCAAGGCAGGAGCAAAGCAUGUGUACGGUAUUGAAUGUUCAAGUAUUUCUGAACACUCAGAAAGGAUCAUCAAGUCCAAUCACCUUGACAGCGUGAUCACCAUCAUUAAUGGAAAAGUGGAGCUCCCUGUGGAGAAGGUGGACAUCAUUAUAUCAGAGUGGAUGGGCUAUUGUCUCUUCUAUGAAUCCAUGCUGAACACGGUCAUCUUUGCCAGGGACAAGUGGCUGAAACCUGGUGGAUUAAUGUUCCCCGAUCGUGCCUCUUUGUAUGUGUUGGCCAUUGAGGACAGGCAGUAUAAAGACUUCAAAAUACAUUGGUGGGAGAAUGUGUAUGGUUUUGACAUGACCUGUAUCCGCAAUGUGGCAAUGAAAGAGCCUUUGGUUGAUGUAGUGGACCCCAAACAGGUGGUGACCAAUUCCUGUCUGGUCAAGGAGGUGGACAUCUACACAGUGAAGACUGAAGACCUGUCUUUCACAUCAGCAUUCUGCCUGCAAGUGCAGAGAAACGACUACAUUCAUGCACUGGUCACCUUUUUCAACAUUGAAUUCACCAAAUGUCAUAAAAAGACUGGUUUCUCCACAGCUCCUAAUGCUGCAUACACGCACUGGAAGCAAACAGUGUUCUACCUGGAGGACUACUUGACUGUGCGAAGAGGAGAGGAAAUUACUGGCAGCAUAGCAAUGAAGCCAAAUGACAAAAAUAUUCGGGACUUGGACUUUACGUUUGAGUUGGAUUUCAAAGGACAACUGUGUGAAGCAGCGAUAGUCCACGACUAUAAGAUGCGUUAGGUUUAAGAUUAAACAGCAAUUCCAACGGCUGCGAAGAGCAGAAGAUGCCAAAAAAAACAAAAAACCUUUGUGGACAGCAGACAGAAAGUGCAACUAGGACAAAUGCAUGGGGCAGACAGAAAUGACCUCACGAAUAACUUGCUAAGCACACUGUCAGACAGCAAGUAAUGGGCGGAGACUGUUAAACAUCUCUGAAUGUAAUUGUGGAAAAAAUAUUUUCUAACUUGUUCAGAGUUAGAUUCUACCUGUACAUGUUUAUGAAAUGAAGUGAUGUACCUGUGUUGUUUUUUCACCAUGACUUGGAUUACACUGAUUAGGGUGGUAUUGUCAUUUUGAUGACUGUAUUGUGCACAUUUUGUUCAGAAAAAAACAUUUUGAUUUUGGUAAGGUUUGACCAUUUAGUUUAUAAAUGUAUCAGUUAACGCUCAGUGAUGGGAAAAUAUUGAUCUGAGCACCACAGCCAAGGAAAACCCUGGUGCAAGAACUGUGCAAGCAGCAGGGCUAGUCAGUAUGUGUGUGUUAUGUGAAAACUAAUGUGUUUCAGAGUUGGUGUACAAAUACCUCUUGUAAUGGAGUUUUAACUGUUUCAGAAUUCCAUAUUGUGUUCUCUGUAUGAUCAGUUGGAACAAAUCAUUGGGUAUUGUUUGACCUGCUAUUUCAUCACACUAACAGUGUAUAAACUAAUGUGAUCCAGUCUCGAACUGUAUCAAAAGUUCUACUUCACAAAGAUCAUUAUGAUACAGAGUUCUACACCACAGUAAACUCCUACUGUAGUAUGUAAUCGACAUCCCACGAUCAAAACCAAGCAUAAUCUUGAAGGCCUUUUUAAAUAGCGCACUUAAUGUAGUAGGUCUCCUCUUGAAAUGAGUUUUACCCUUGCUUAAUGCCUUGACCAAGUUCCCAAGUGUUCUUGGUUCUAUUUGUCAAUGCUGCAUUUACAACCGUACCAAUCUUUUUUUUUUUUUUUAAACAUUUGUUUCAUGUGAAUCGAUUUCAUUUGUUUGAGUUUACCAUGGUUAAGCGUACCAAAUGUUUUAAAAUUUCAAUAUUACUUUCUAAAUAUUGGAUCCUGGUAUUUAUAGUGCAGUCUACUGAAAUGUACAGAGACAAAAACAACUUGCUGGACACUUUAAUAUUAUUAGUAAGUCACAUGAUGCAAAGUACUCGGCUAAGAUAUACUAUGUGAAGACCUUCAAUCUAAAGUAGAUAAUUUACUGAACAUGAGGCUAAUGAUAUGAUCAAUUAGAUGUUUUCUGAAAAUUUACAAGUCUUACCCCUGUGUAAUUCACAAAAUGCUGGCUACUACAAAGAGGUGUAGCCUAUACAUGGGUUUUGUUAAAAAUAAUACGUGCAUAAAAUCAUUGCACCACUUCUAUAUUUGAGAACACUUUGAAGUUUGUUGGAUUAAACAUCACCACAAAUAUAAUGAACAAGCAUGUUUUUCUGUCCCUUCCAGUUAUUUAUAUUUGAUUUCAAAUAUAUUUCAUGGGUUGUUGUGAUGUCUUGAAAAUUGAAUAAAUUGCAACGUGUAAAAUUGGUCAC